CAUUCGGGAGAGACCAGCACCUCCCUAGCUUUCGGGUCCUUAAAGGGCGAGGUUCACAGUGUAAGUCUUGCUAGGAGACCCCGAGCCGACCCGCGCACUUCUUGGACGGACGGGGAAGGCAGGCCCACUGGGUGAGGAGGUGGCUCCACCAUCUGGUGCCCAAUAACGAAGCCGGCCCGGGGGCUCCGCAGCGCUCCCGCCAGCGCUGCGGGAAACAAAGCAGCGGUGGUCCGGCCGGCUGGAGGGCAGGUUUUGCAGGUCCGGCCAGGAGCGCAGGUUUCGUUCUUGGGAGACCCUGGAGACACCAGAAUGGUGCUCAGCAUGGCAGGGAUCCCAGGGCUCCUCUUCCUUCUCCUCCUGCUCUGUGUUGUCGGGCACGUGAGUCCCUACGAAGCCUCUUGGAAACCUACUUGGCCGGCUUACCGCCUCCCUGUUGUCCUGCCCCAGUCUACCCUCAACUUAGCCAAGCCAGACUUUGGGGCAAAAGCCAAAUUGGAAGUGUCCUCCUCAUGUGGACCACAGUGUCACAAAGGAACUCCACUGCCUACAUAUGAACAGGCCAAGCAAUACCUGUCUUAUGAGACGCUCUAUGCCAAUGGCAGCCGCACAGAGACUCAAGUGGGCAUUUACAUCCUCAGCAGUGGUAGACAUGGGGCUCAACACCAAGACUCACAGUUGCCGAGAACAUCUCGGAGGAAGCGACAGAUUUAUGGCUAUGACAGCAGGUUCAGCAUUUUUGGGAAGGACUUCCUGCUUAACUACCCUUUCUCAACAUCGGUGAAGUUAUCUACAGGCUGCACUGGCACCCUGGUGGCAGAGAAACACGUCCUUACAGCUGCCCACUGCAUACAUGAUGGGAAAACCUAUGUGAAAGGAACACAGAAACUUCGGGUGGGCUUCCUGAAGCCCAAGUUUAAAGACAGUGGCCGAGAGACUAACACCUCAAACUCAGCCACGCCAGAGAAGAUGAAAUUUCAGUGGAUCCGGGUAAAACGUACCCAUGUGCCCAAAGGUUGGAUCAAGGGCAAUGCCAACGACAUUGGCAUGGAUUAUGACUAUGCCCUCUUGGAACUGAAAAAGCCCCACAAAAGAAAGUUCAUGAAGAUUGGGGUGAGCCCUCCUGCUAAACAGCUGCCAGGGGGCAGAAUCCAUUUUUCCGGCUAUGACAAUGAUCGACCAGGCAACUUGGUGUAUCGCUUCUGUGACGUCAAAGAUGAGACCUAUGACCUACUUUACCAGCAGUGUGAUGCCCAGCCUGGGGCCAGUGGCUCGGGGGUCUAUGUGAGGAUGUGGAAGAGACAGCAGCAGAAGUGGGAGCGAAAAAUUAUUGGCAUCUUUUCAGGGCACCAGUGGGUGGACAUGAAUGGUUCUCCACAGGAUUUCAAUGUGGCUGUUAGAAUCACCCCUCUCAAAUAUGCCCAGAUUUGCUAUUGGAUUAAAGGAAACUACCUGGAUUGUAGGGAGGGGUGACAUAGUGUUCCGUCCUGGAAGCACUUAAUGAUCUUUAUGUACUCGUUGUAGAAGAGGCCGAAUUUUAUCAUUGGCUUGUUUGCAGGCAAGCACACGUGUAUGUGUGAUGAGUCAUAGUAUCCUUUACUUUCUCAAAAUGCAAAAUGACUGGCUUUAUUAUUUGAAAGCUGGUUUGUGUACCAUAUCACUUAAGCAGUUGGAAAGCAUACUUUUGCAUAGAAUUGUUUAAAAUACUGUUGUUCGGGGCAAUAGGAAAUAUUUGGCAAUUAAGUUAAUAUUUCACUUCACUUUCUUGAGAAUUUUGAUUUUUAUUUCAUCUGAACUUAUUUCAAAAGUUUGUAUUAAAUAAGUGGCAUACAGGAAAUAUGAAUUCUUACGUGUGUAUGUAUGUGAUUUCUUAGAUUUAUAUCUUGAUAUUUUUUAAUGUCUGAUUAAUAAUGCCCAGAGGGCAGUGUUCCCACAACAUACAACUUUUACAAACUUUCACAAAGCUCCUUAGACAGGUAGUUGUAGUUUUUGGAUUAGGAGGCAUUUGCAUGAUAGUCCUUGAACAGUAAUUUAUUGGCUGUAUUAAUGCACAUAGUAAACUAUAUCUCACAGUAAACAAGUACCGCAGACUACUCUUAAUUUUGAAAAUAGUUUCUCUUCCAAAGCUCUGCUCUGCGAGAAGUUUUCAUACAUGACUCUGCCAACUUUACAGUCACACCAGAGUAGACAAGAUCAUUUAUCCCAAUUUUGCCACUUACUAAGAGUUCACUCACAUUUCUAGAGCUAGCUGUUUUUCAAAAGACAGCCAUCAAGACCUAAUGAGAACAGGCUGUAUUGCUUCCUAGCUAAGAGUCAUGAGCACAAUAAAAACCAGCACAGCAUUUUACCCCCAGAGUGCAGCACGUCUCGUGUUUUAUCAUCUGGAUAGAGUAAUUUAAAAUGAAUUAAAUUCCAGAGAACAAUGGACACAUUGCUCAGCAGAUGUCACCGCAGAAUGACCACUUGUUCAAAGCCUGGCACAGUCACGCAGCCUCGUCACAAUUAUUCUGCUUAGUUUUCUGUGUGCUUCCAGAGUGCUGUGUAGUUGUCUGCUUUGGAAACAUUCUCUCUCAUUCUAUUAUGUUAUAGUAAAACUGCUUGGAAGUUGCUUUAAGAAGCACCAGUAUGCCUCUCUCUACCCGAGCUAUAAAAAGGCACCUUUUUCUGGAAUGCAUUAGGCUUCAGGCAUCUUCGUAGUGGAGUACAACAGUAAAAAUGAAAAUUCAGGCAAUGCAAAAUGGGUGAGGAUCAUGUACUCCAAUAAAUGUUGUAUACAUAUGAUUAUCAUAACAUAUAAAGAAAAGACUUGAAUUUAUUCUAUGCUUUUGAGUCUCAGCCUAAGCACUUUUAAAUGCAAAAGUAGAGAAAAAACAGCAAAAGGAAUAUGAGACAAAAUUACAUGUUUUUGUACCAUGAGUGAUGUCACCCUAUACAGUGUCUGUGGAGAUAUCCAAAUAUAGGACUGUCACUGAAAUAUUCUGCUGGUGGCUUGAGUUUUUUCAGCUUUGAAAAAGGAUAGUCCUGAUCAGGCACUCAAGACAUGUACGACCAUGUGCUUUCGUCAAUUUGCGUGAAAAAUACUAUGCAUAGCACAGUGAUGCAGAGAUGCCAGGAAUCUUCUGAGUUCCAGUACAGUUUGCUUUGGAAUCUAACAGGAAUCUUGCCUGAGGAAGAAGAGGUCUCCAUGUCUAUGUUUGUUAUUUGGGGUUUUCUGUUUGCUUUUGCUUGAUUGAAAAAAAACACCAUAACUGAUGUAUUUCAUAGAUGCUCCUUUUACAAAAUUCUUUUCUUUCUUGAUUUUCACUUCUUACAAAGUUAGACAAUGGCACAAAAGCCAAAAUAAUGUCAAUGCUUAGUUCAGAAGAGGUUCUGAUUUACCAAAGAAUAGCACCUACUUGCUGUACACAGCAUCACUCAUAGGCCUGUACAAUUAUAAACUAAUUUAAUAUGCCCACCUUUUCCGUGGUAAUAGAAGAAAGUGUGUUAUGAGACUAUCAUAGUUGUGGGGGGAGGCUCUCAUGAUGUUAAUAUAACUGGUACUUUACAUGUGCUAGUUAUGUAUACUGUGAGCAUAUAUUCCUAGCAAGGAGAGGAAAACAGUGUUUCUCAUGAUACGUCACAAGUGUCCCUCCUGACUUUCUACCAAAAAUAGAAAGGGUACUGUCCUCAGGGAGGGGGGAGAUGCCUCUCAGUAUUCCCUGUUUUUAUCAGGGGUUCACAUGCCUGUUUGCACAUUAAAAACUCUGGAAAAUCCUAUAGUAAAGAGACUUGUGCAUAUUUUUAAAUCUGUAUUUCAAUAAAUAUCUUUGGCCACAGAA